AAAGAAUGAAGCUCGUCGUACAGACUGCCUUCUCUGAUUGGAUAGUCAUAGGAAAUCCCAUUGACACGAUUCCCAAUUCAGACAGCCCAGCUAUUAAAUUCUCGAUUCUGAUUGGGCCGCUGCACUUAUCAUGCCACGAGCGGUCGUUUGCGGCAAGCCUGCCUAUAAAUCGUUGAAUGCAGACGGCCAAACGUGUCAGAGAACCCUCUGUUCUACAUUCAGCUCUUGUGCCAAUUUCCUGCCGCAGUAGUGACCUUUGUAAACAGUAAAACCAACGGCCGAUCAAUUUCAUCACUACUCCUAAAUUUAGUAUUAUCCCGAAACACUUGUGUGUUCGUUUAGUAGAUUUAGCGGCGUUCCUCCCUCGACACCAAUUCGUUGUCUCGUCUGUUAGAAUUUAUAGAAUUGCCAUGGCUACCACAGGAAGUUUUAAAUGUGUACUUUCGGCUGCGUUGAAAUCAACUGCUAGUCAACUCUUACGGUCUGGGUCUAAAGCCGAGCUUACCGCCCCUUGCUUCUCUUGUCAAAGACGGCGCUAUGCAGUGGAGGUUGGCGUCAAGAAAUCCACCAAGCUCAGGAAGAUGCUGCUGUCCCCAGAGCUUGAGUUCAUCAUGGAGGCCCACAGUGGCAUCAGUGCUUGCAUCGCUGAGGAGGCAGGGUUCCAGGGCAUCUGGGCCAGCGGCCUGUCCAUGGCCACCCAACUGGGAGUCCGAGACAGCAACGAGGCAUCGUGGACGCAGGUGCUGGAGGUGCUGGAGUUCAUGAAUGACGCCUGCACUGUGCCCAUCCUGGUUGACGCAGACACGGGUUACGGGAACUUUAACAACGCCAGGAGAUUGGUCAGAAAGCUGGAGGACAGAGGGAUCGCUGGUGCCGCAGUUGAAGACAAACUCUUCCCCAAAACCAACUCUCUUCUAGAUGGGCGGGCCCAGCCUUUAGCUGACAUCAAAGAAUUUGCUCUCAAAAUUCAGGCCAUGAAGGACGCCCAAAGAGAUCCUGACUUUAACAUUGUGGCCAGGGUGGAGGCAUUGAUUGCUGGCUGGGGAGUGGAUGAGGCCCUCAAGCGAGCCGACGCCUACCUGGCCGCCGGGGCCACAGCCAUCCUCAUGCACAGCAAGCUGAAGGAGCCCAAGGAAAUUGAUGAGUUUCUUAAAGCUUGGCAGAACAAGGGCCCCAUAGUCAUUGUGCCAACAACAUACUACAAGACACCUAUGCAGCAUUGGAGAGAGCAGAAGGUUUCCAUGGUGAUAUGGGCAAACCACUCUGUCAGGGCUUCAGUCAAAGCCAUGCAAGAUUUAACUGCCCAGAUUUUUAAAGAGCAGAGCACUGUUGGUGUGGAAAAUAAGAUUGCAACAGUGAAAGAACUGUUCCGAUUAACUAAAGACGAUGAGCUGAAAUUGGCAGAGGAUAAAUAUUUACCUCAAAACUAGAUGACUAACUUCUUAGAGAUCUUUUCUAUUUCAU